CGCGUGCACGGCGGGGCCUUCGGGGACCGUGGCGGCGGGUGCACCCGGCCAUGGCGGCGCCCGGGGCGGACGGCAGUGAGGGGAGCUCCGGCGGGGAAGACACUGGGACGGAGCCGCCGGGACGCGACCUGGCCGCGCUGUUCGAGCAGGCGGCAGAGAGGCUGCCCGCCCUGCUGCCCGCGGCCAGCAAGGAGCAGCUGCUCUACCUGUACGCCCGGUACAAGCAGGUGAAAUUUGGAACCUGUAACACUCCCAAGCCAGGCUUCUUUGAUUUUGAGGGAAAGCAGAAAUGGGAGGCUUGGAAAGCCCUGGGAGACAUCAGCCCUCAUCAAGCUAUGCAGGAGUAUGUUGCUACGGUGAAAAAACUGGAUCCCAGUUGGAAUCCGCAGGUGACAGAGAAGAGGGGAAAGGAAAGCAAAACUACAUUUGGAGGCCCAGUUGUCAGCUCAUUAUACCAAGAAGAAACAAUCAGGGAAGAGGACAAGAACAUUUUUGAUUACUGCAGAGAAAACAACAUUGACCAUGUAACCAAAGCCAUUCAGUCACAAACAGUGGAUGUGAAUGUCACAGAUGAGGAGGGCCGGGCUUUGCUCCACUGGGCAUGCGACAGAGGACACAAGGAGCUCGUUUCAGUACUGUUACAACACGCAGCUGACGUUAACAGCCAGGAUGGGGAAGGCCAGACUGCACUUCAUUAUGCUGCUGCCUGCGAGUUUUUGGAUAUCGUGGAGCUGUUGCUGAAGUCGGGAGCCGACCCCACACUCCGGGACCAAGAGGGCUGCCUGCCGGAGGAGGUGACAGACUGUAAAGCCAUCACUUCGGCUCUGCAGCAGCACAUCGCUGGCAAGACCUAACCCCGCGGUGGGGACGACAGAGCCGCUCCGCAAUAACCCCCUUCUUUUCCCCCGCUGCCCUCCGAAACACCAUGGGAGUUUGAAGGGGAGCUUUUAGAGCACAGGGUCUGGGUGGGCUCUCCGGUACGAGGGCCAGCGGAGAGCGUAACCUGGGCAGGACGGGAGCAGGGUUGUGCAUGCUCUGACAUUUAUCAGUAUUUGGAGGGUAGGAAGGGGAAAGAGGGCCUGGGGAAGGCCCUAAAUAUCGUUUUAAUGUAUUAAACACAAGUACUGCAUCAGAUGUCUCGCCGGAGCAGCCUGUGCUGACCAGUCAGCUCCUCAGUGGCGAGGGGAGGGCUGCUGGGCCAGGUGAGAUGCUCAUCUCUCCUUUUCAGAUUGAGUUUUGGUUUGUUUUUCCCUUGGGUCCAAACAAAGUAUUAUAAAUAAAAGCACAUUGUUGGGA